AGGCACGGGCCGUAGCGCGGGCACCCAGCAUGCGGACACAGAUCACACGGAGGACGCUGCUCAGUCUGGUCCUCGGACUCCUGUUUGCAAGCAUGACAGCUAUGGGCAGCUGUCCGGGAGAUUUCCAGGUGCUCCUCGGCCAGCUCCAGAAGCAGGCGCACUCCAUGCAGGACCCCAGCACGCUCCUGGACCCCUAUAUGCGCAUCCAGGGCCUGGACUUCCCCAAGCUGAGAGAGCGCUGCAAGGAGCACCCCGGGGCCUUCCCCAGUGAGGGUGCCCUGCGGGGGCUGGGCAGGCGGAGCUUCCUGCGGACCCUCAAUGCUACGCUGGGCCUCGUGCUGCGCAGACUGGCCGCCAUACAGCAGCACCUCCCGGAGGCCCGGGGUUUGGAGAAGCCGCCCGCAGCGAGGCUGAGCACCCAAGACUUGGAGAUGCUGAAGAUGGCCAGGCUGAACAUCCACGGGCUCAGGAACAACAUCUUCUGCAUGUCCCGGCUGCUGGGCAGCUCCUGGGACGCGGCCGAGCCCACUCAGGCAGCCCCGGGGACCUCUCCGCCGCCCACCCCCGACCCAGGUGCCUUUCAGCGCAAGCUGGAGGGCUGCAGGUUCCUGCACGGCUACCACCGCUUCAUGAGCUCUGUGGGGCAGGUCUUCGGUGAGUGGGGGAAGAGCCCGAGCCAGAGCCACAGACACAGGCCCCCCCGGGCCCUGCAGAAGGAGGCCCGCAGACCCAGACCCUCCAGGAGCAGCAAGAGACUCGUGCCUAGGGGGCAGUUGCCCCGGUAGCCUCAGGAGCACCCUUUGCAGGUGAAGGAUGCGGCGGGUGUCUGUGGAUGGAAGGGGACUGUGGCAGGAGGACACCUCCGGGGUCUCCAAACCUGCUCCCACCCCCACCCCGGCUCAGAAGUGCACUUUAAGAGGUGGGAGCUGGGCGGCCUCUUCUACCUCCUCCGGGCUGGGGGGCAGAGUCAGGUGGUUGCACUCCCCAGCUCCGAGUUCCCGAGUCCCGGUGGGGUGGCCAGGUCAGGCCACGCAGGGCUGACUUUCCAUUGAUUCAGGGGUCUGAUGACACAGGGUGACUCACGGCUGGGCUGACUGCCCCCCUGCUUUGCUCCCCGGAGGCCUGCCGGCCCUUCCCUCUCAUGACUUGCCGGGCCGUUGCCCCCAGACUUCCUCCUUCCCGUGGUUCUGCAGGGAGGUCACGGCCUGAGCGGGCCUCCUAUGCCUCACUGCGUCUCAGGCCAGACACCUGGAUGUCUGGGUGACCUCACUUUAGGCAGCUGUAUCAGGGGCACGGUGUCCCAGGAGAACUGAUCUGAGGGUCCAGGGAACAGGGCUCAGGUCCCAGCACAGUCCCCAACUUGCUGUGUAACCUCGGGCAGGUCACUUUACCUCUCUGGACCUCAGUUUUCUCCUUGUGAAGCCAGAGAGUUGGGGACCAUGUAAGGCCCCCUCUGUCUGUCCAUUGCUGGGACCCUGUGACAUAGGGCGGCUAUCAGAGUCUCUGUAAAUCAGGACACGCGGUGCCAAUGGCGAUGGGUGGGUGUAGGCCCAGCUCUCCGCAGACCUCUGAGCCCCUGGCAGCCCAGCCUUGGCGCCUCACUGCGGCUGCUCCCCCUGGUGGCGUAUCCUGGAAUUUUCUCACGCUGAAACCAUUGCCCUCCCGGAGGGGGUUCCGGAAGCUGCUGGGCCAAUUCCCUGGAGGGACAUGAUUAAUUUAUCACUUUUUAUCAGUUUUAUAUUUAUAAGGCUUAUUUAUGAUGUGUAUUUAAUGUUAAUAUUGUGCCAACAUGUA